CGUUAGGCUGUUCAUGGACUGUCUGAUUUGUUGGCCUCCUGUCCCAAAACUACCCCUCUCGCUAGUUGCUCAUACUGGCGGGUCGUCAGCGGGGGUUCAACACGGUUGAACCACGAAUUGCGCGUGUCGAACGCCUGCUGCUCUCGCUGACAGAGAUAAGUCAGCUUGUGGGCCAUGCGUUUGACCACAUGUCGUCCACCGUGCCGUGGGCAUAGUUGUCAGUCUAAAGGAAUCACACACGAAUCUUUCCACGUCCUCCCUCUCUUUCUGUGUUCUUGUGUUCUCUUCUGUGCUUCUCCAGUCUGCUGCUUCAUUGCUUGUUGCUGACCUCUAUGAGGUUCUCCGCGGAAAAGUCCUUGGUGUCCGAAUCGUAGUUCGUCCACAUGUCAGAGAGCGCCGGCCUCUUCUCGAUGUAUGUGCAUCUGCCGUCGUUCGAGAUGUGCACAGUGCUGAGCCCUGCCUGCUGCACCUCAUAGAAAAACUGCUCGGUAGUGUAUCCGACGAUGUGUCCUGCACGACACACAGAACAAAGAACAGAAAAUAAACCACACAACACACACACGCUCCAUCAGAGAGAGUACAGACAGACAUGUGUAGACACAGUAUACUAUGCAUAUGAAUGCUUACGAAUUAUUCUAUUGAUAACUGUCUCGCAUCGCGGCUUCGAUUUCGACCUCGAACUUUGAUGGUUCCAUUCUGUUGAGGCCCAAGUGGAGGUCGAUGUGCAGUCGCUUGCGACUUGCACGCAUAGCACUCGAGGACAUACUUGGAAGUGCCAAUCAGGGGGCAGUCAUUAACCCGGUGGCCGUGAUACGUGGCCCCGGCGAGCUUGGCAUAGUUGUC